AUGGUCAGUGCUCCUCGUGCUUUUGGGGCCUUUUUUUCUCUCUUUUAAAGGAUAGAUUCAUCUGUUGUUUGUCUGUCUUAUAACUUUUAGAUAUGUGUUUGUGUGGCUUUGUUUGUUCCUGAUAAUUUUGAAGAGAUGAAGUUUGUUUAAAAAAUUAUUUUGCAAUGGCUGCCCUCAUGGAGUCCACGUGCGCCGAAGAAAUGGAGACUUGUUUCUUGAGUUGCACCCCAAUCUUUUCAUUUCAGUCGUUGUAUUUUAUGUUUUUUCUUUGCUUUCUUAUUCCUUCCUAUUUAUCCAUCUGUCAGUCUGUUUUUGCCAUUUAACUCACUCUUUCCUUCUCUGUCUUUUCCACUGUUUCAACCAUGCUGGUUGUAAAAGAUAGCUGCGCACUGAUGAGUUUCUGCUUGCUUUAAAGAAACUUCUCUCUUUUGCUGUUGCCAAAUACUUAAUUAAUACUUAAAAAAGUCCCCAAUGAUCUAAUCCUGCUUUAUAAGUUUAGCAUUUAGAGAUGACUCUUUUUGUUAUUAGGUGCUAUAUCAAUUUAAAUUGAAUGAUUAAAUGAUUACACUUACCUGGGCUCCUAAAAACAUGACCUAAAGUAUGAGCAUUAGUCCUGAAGAUUAAGGGACUUCACUGUGAAAGUAUGCCCUCUUUAUGUCAGGUUAUACAUGUAGUAGAAUCUUUUCAUACAUUUAGACAUCAUACAUCAUAACUUUUGGAGACCAUAGACAGGUAGCUACAUUUUGCUUAAUUAAAAGAAAGUGUUAGGAUUUUUUUUUCUAAAUAUCAUCUCGUCUCGCAGAAUAAAUCCAAACACCAGUGUGCAAUAUGAGACGACGGUAAAGCCGUGGUUUAAUUUUAAUGAAUGGUGACUCUGACUUUGGUUCAUGCUUCUCUUUCAGUCCCAUCGUAAAUUCCACGCACCCCGUCACGGGCACAUGGGGUUCCUCCCCCACAAGCGAAGCAAGAAGCACAGAGGCAAGGUGCGCACGUGGCCCAAAGAUGACCCCAGCAAACCCGUCCAUCUCACUGCUUUCCUGGGAUACAAGGCUGGCAUGACGCACACGCUGAGGGAGAUGCACCGCGUUGGCCUCAGUACGUGUGAAUGGAGUCAAUGCAACAUGACAUGACAUCUAGUUUUUAUAAACAAUAUCACAUGUUUUAGCCGGCCAAUGACUGGGAUCAAUCCAUAAAAGUAAAUUAAUACUUUUCAUUUUUCUGCCACAGAGCAAUCAAAGCGAGAGGAAGUAGAGGCAGUCACCAUCAUCGACACUCCUCCGGUCAUCGUAGUCGGGGUCGUGGGUUAUAUCCACACCGUCCGUGGCUUGCGAUCCCUCAAAACCAUCUUUGCCGAGCACCUGAGCGAUGAGUGCAAACGCAGGUUUUAUAAAAGCUGGUGAGUGGGUUUAAAUAUUCUCCUGCAUGUGGAGUCGAUGACCUCUAAAACAGCCGAACCUCAUCUCUAAAUGAAGGUUUUCGGUGUUUCAGGCACAAGAGCAAGAAGAAGGCCUUCACCAAGUAUAGCAAGAAGUGGCAGGAUGAGUCAGGGAAGAAGCAGCUGGACAAGGACUUUGCUACGAUGAAGAAAUACUGCUCAGUGAUCAGGGUUAUCAUUCACUCUCAGGUAGGUCAGACAGGUAUCUAGUGAAAUCAAAUCACAGCAGAUCAUUUUAUAUUAUACUUUUGACUUCUCAGAAACCACUAACUGGGAAAUGCUUCUUCUAUAAUAUGAUAAUGAAGGUUAAACAAUAAUGCAAUCCUACAAUAAAACACCAUCAGAUGGUAAUUUGAGCAUUUAGACACCUAGACAGUACUGAAUCACUAGAAUCAGUUCACUAAAAAGAGUUGUUCAAAAGACUCGUUCACCAAAUCACUGAACACUUUGCAGGAGAGGCCUGCAACUCCAACCUCCUGAACUGAUACACAGCUGAACGAUUCAGGAUUCAGUUCAAUUCAUAGUUUCUGGGACCGGGAGACGAGAGUGUUUGGCUGUGUUGCUUUGGCAAAAGUCAUGAUGUUUUCAGUGUACUGUCCUAUUGUACGCCAUAUAUCAGGUCUGCUCGGUAAAUUGGGCUCAGUGAGUGAUUCGUUCACUGGACGUUUAGAAGAAUUCACACUGAACAUUCACCGUUCCUUCGCAAACCGCUGCAUUAAUAGGAUUCUGCGAGUUUAAUGCACUACUUGUUACAUGCUGUGUCCUAUUGUAUGAAAGUUGUUGUGGUGGCAAUUUAGCAGUAAAAAAAGAAAAAGGUAGUUUUGUCCGACAAAAACAAUUAUAGAGAGUGUAGUUCAAUGGGUGAUUCGUUCACCAAGUGAUUCAGAUGUUGGUGCAUGCGGUACCUCAUUCGCCGGCUGCUGGCCUGACAAUGCUGUUCCUCACUUCAGCUCAACUGAAGAGAGAAACGAACGAAUCACUCGAGGAAGUUAUUCGGUUCAGUACGUUCACUCAAAAAAGUUCUAUUUAUUGAAUCGUUCGGGAACGACACAACACUACUUGACAGGGGCGUGCUCAGACUUUUCUAACUGGGGUGGCCCUGCUCGGGCACUGACUCAUGCAGGGGGGGCAUAAGGUAAGUGUUGACACACACAAGUUAAUGGAUUUAUUUUCUCGUUCUGUUCCUGUUGAUCAUGUGUGUUUAAUGCUGAAGUAUCUCUACACGUUACAGUCUUGAGUAUAUAUAUUUUUUUACCUUUAGAAAAGUAUCAGAGUGGCAGCGGUGAAAUCUCCCCACUUUUAUUCUCUGAAAGGCUGUUUACACAGAUCUGAACUCAGCAGAGAGUUGAGUUGUUGCGUUUUAGCCAUUCCUUGUGUUCUUCUUUGCAUUAUUGGUAACCAGCAGUAGGCGUGUCACAGUCUGAAGGUUUUUGCAACGUACAACAAGAUAUGCUGCAGUAAAAAAACUGUCGCAUUACUCGAGGUUUCACCCUGAGUGCGGCGUCAGGGAAAUAUUCAAUUCCUGCCGCAUCAGAUUUCACAGCUCUGCCCUAUGGGAGCCGCUCACUGUACAUCCCCAUAUGUCUUGGUCCACCCACGCAUAAAUGCAGAGGUCUCAGACUCACCCACCUGACUGCGUGCAAUGGAAAAAAAAAAAAAAGCUGCUACAUUCCAGAUCCGCCUGCAGCCCCGAGCUCAACGACUCUGGGCCGUGGGGCGCUCCGCCUGUGGGGCGCUCCGUGGGGCGCACUGCGGGGUGACGUUUCAAAUGGCAGUUUAAAAAUAAUUUGCUGGGUAGAACCUGGCAGCUGGCCCAUGCUCUGCCUAGCAAAAACACAUAUGUUGAUAGAAGAAAUAAUAACAAGAUUACACAAGAUUUGAAUCAGCGCCGUGAGGAUCAGUAUAUUUUAGGCGACCUUUCAUAAGCCAUAAAAUCAAAUGUGCUUUUAAAAAUCUGGGCCGUGACGACUGCCUGGUGUCAGUAUGACGGGUUCAAACAAGAUCCCGUGCUGAGUAACACAUCUAAACUUAGAGGACUGGUGUGGAUGUCCUAUAGUAAGUUCAAAGCGAGAUGCUUUCUGGAUUUUGGACUCCUCUCAGCUGCUGUUUUUUGUCCUUUCUUUGCAGAUGCGAUUGCUGCCGAUGAGGCAGAAGAAGGCCCACAUUAUGGAGGUGCAGCUAAAUGGAGGAAGCAUCUCAGACAAAGUGGACUGGGCAAAAGAGCAUCUGGAGAAGGCUGUCCCUGUCUCCAAUGUGUUCGGCCAGGAUGAGAUGAUUGAUGUUAUUGGGGUCUCCAAGGGCCACGGCUUUAAAGGUCAAAAACAUCUCUGGUCCAGGACUUGUGGGUUGGAUGUACUGUGAGAUAAACUUACUCGAGUCUUUGUGCCGAUAGGUGUGACGAGCCGCUGGCACACGAAGAAGCUUCCCAGGAAGACUCACAAGGGUCUGAGGAAGGUGGCCUGCAUCGGAGCCUGGCAUCCGGCCCGUGUGGGAUACACAAUCGCUCGUGCUGGACAGAAAGGCUAUAACCACCGCACUGAGAUCAACAAGAAGGUCAGCUGAGGGAGCAAAGUCCACCCAUAAAUUUCAGCCAAAUCAUGCACAACUCUUAAGAAAUGAAAUAGCCUGAACAGUGGUGUAGUCAGGGAGGGUGGAAAGGGGGCUAUCACCUGCCUGAUGCCCUUGAGUUUAAAAGUAAUAUGAUGGAAAUGCUGCUGCAGUGGAUAUGACACUAUAAGGUUCCCUCUUUCAAUGGGAAACACAUGAAAAAGUUCCCCAAGAUGCCCGACUACUGAAAAAAUGUGCAGACUGAAGUCCAUCCAUUAAAAAAUUUAUUUAAAAAGUGCCCAGGUAAUAAAAAAAAAAUAAAAAGUGCCCUCUAGAUGUCCUUCCAGCUAAUAAAAAGAAGAAAAAGUGUAACUUUGAUGCCUGUUCAUCAGAAAAUAUUGGGGAAAAAAGGCCCGUGGAUGUCCUUCAAGUGUUUGAAAGCAAAAAUAGUACCCGAAGGAUGCAUAAACAUAUAAAAAAUACGCCAUCUGGUUUUAAAGGUUUUAAACUUCCUCUUUUCUGUGUUUUCUGAGGGAUUUACAUUAAUGCCAUGUGUAUUUUCUAUCUUCAGAUCUACCGUAUUGGUAAAGGUGUGCACAUCCAGGAUGGAAAGGUGGUCAGGAACAACGCCUCCACCAACUACGACACCAGCCAGAAGACCAUCACACCCAUGGUACUCUUGAUUUUUGUUUAACAGAUAAAAAGAUUUCCAGGGAAAAAAGGAAAAGUUGCGAAAAAUCAUCUUAGAAAUCAGAACAAAAUGAAUGUCUGAUAGAUUACUGUUGUUGUGUCUCUUCAGGGAGGUUUCCCUCACUACGGUGAAGUGAAUAACGACUUUUUGAUGGUGAAGGGCUGCGUGAUCGGAGUAAAGAAACGUGUCCUCACUCUCAGAAAGGUACAGUGGAUUUUAAGAGUCUAAUUUACAUCUGAUGGACAAACCUGGGUUUAAAAUAUACAUCCAUCCAUCUUGUACCACUUAUUCCCGUUCCCGGGGUCGCAGGAGGGCUGGAGCCUAUCCCAGCAUCUUUGGGUGAAGGCAGGGGACACCCUGGACAAGUCGCCAAUUCAUCGCAGGGCUGACAUAUAGAGACGAACAACCAUCCACGCUCACAUUCACACCUACGGGCAAUUUGAAAGUGGCCUAUUAACCUAACUCCACUUCUGCAUGUCUUUGGGAUGUGGGAGGAAACCGGAGAACCCGGACUAAACCCACACAGACACACCCUGACCCGGAUCAACCCAGGACCUUCUUGCUGUGAGGCGACAGUGCUAACCACUACACCACUGUGCCGCCCUGGGUUUAAAACAAACAAACAAAAAAAACCCAUCUAAUUUUCUCAUUAAUUUGUGGUAACACUUCUUCAAUAUUUGUACUCCCUCUUUAGUCUUUGCUGGUGCACACAUCCCGCAAGUCAAAGGAGACCAUCGAGCUGAAAUUCAUCGACACAACUUCCAAAUUUGGUCACGGCCGCUUCCAGACUGCCCAGGAGAAGAGGGCAUUCAUGGUGAGCGUGUGAAACAGCCCUGGCACAGACAUAAAUCUGAUGAUCAGACCUCCUGAGCCCUUCUGCACUAUUUUAACACUGACCUCUGGUUUACCUGCAGGGCCCACUGAAGAAGGACGCCCUGAAACCACCUCCAGAGCCUCUGAUCGAGGAGGUCUGA